AUGACGAAAAGUUAAGUUAUGGCGGAAAAUGUCUUAAGUUUUACUUUGGCAGAGACCGUGAUUCUUCUCGAAUUGUGACUUUCGUGACAAAUUUAAAAUGCCGUUUUCUUUGCAUAGUCACAGUGGGCAGUUCUGUAAGCACGCUUUCUCUACUUUAGAAGAAGUUGUUCAAAGAGCAGUCGAAGUUGGUUUCACUCACUAUGGCCUUUCUGAACACAUGCCAAGAUAUGAAACCGAAGAUCUAUACGAUGAAGAAACGGAGGAAAAGUUGACACCCGCUGAUCUCCAGAACAUCUUUGAAGACUUUGUUAAGGAGGCCAGACGUCUUCAAGCAAAGUACAAAGACAAGAUUCAUCUCAUUAUUGGCUUUGAAACUGAGGUUAUUAGAGAGGAAAGUUUUGAUCAGAUAAGAACAUUAAAAAAACAACAUGAAUUGGACUAUAUUGUUGGAUCAGUGCAUCAUGUAGAUGGAAUUCCUAUAGACUUCAGCGACGAACUGUUUGAUAAAGCUGAGAAACUUGCUGGGGGAACCGAAGAAGUAAUGUUGAAGUACUUUGAUCAUCAGUAUCAGCUGAUAAAGAAAUUAAAACCUGAGGUUAUCGGCCACUUUGAUGUUAUCAGGAAAUAUCGACCUGAGGUUGAGUUUACAGAUAUCCUAUGGGAAAAGAUUGUUAGGAAUGUACAACUGGGGAUAUCUUAUGGAGCUCUGUUUGAGAUCAAUUGCAGUGGUGCAUCACCAACAAAGAAUCUUAAAUGUCCAUACCCACAUCCAAGAAUUAUUGAGCAUUUAGUGACAUCUGGGGCUAAAUUGACUGUAUCAGAUGAUUCACAUGGAACAGGUGAUGUUGGUUUCUGGUUCAAAAACUUGCCGCAGUACUUAGCUACUUAUGGGAUCAGUGAACUUUACUAUCUGGAGAGAGCAUUGAUGAGCAGUGGCUCAACAGGGCAAGAAAACAGAGUUGUGUGUAAGAAGCUCACAGACUGUUGGAGACAUCCAUUUUGGGAAAAAUGUUCUGAAACUGUAGAAAACAACAAAUGAUAACUUGUAUUUUGCCGUAGAGGUAAUCUUAUCCAUUUUUUUUUGGAGGGGGGGGGUGAACUGUUAAACUCACUGAAGACAUAGUAUACUGUCUCUACUUAACAAAUAUAUUCCACAUUGCCAUGCUUUGGUUCAGUAAUUGAACAAAGAUGACAUUAAAAUGUAUUGAGAACAAAAAAGUGAAAUGUGAGACAGCCGAGUAUAUCAGUUCUAUUCUUUCCACAUUUCGGUGUCUUCUAUGAUCUAUUGCUGUACAGACCAAUAGCAAUGUGGAAUAUAUUUAUUUUUUAUACAAAGAAAAGCAAAACGAAUGUAAUUAAUGGUGAUGUCAUCAAA